GUCAUGGCAGUUCCACAAUAAUUUGAGAACUAAAUGCCUAAAUUCGGACAUAUUUCGUUCAAGUUGCAAGCUGAGGCUUGCUCGAAGAUUUGACCAAUCUUGAUUUGCCGGUUGCCGAGAUGACGGACGCCGAAAUCCCACUUUUAGAUGGCGCCGUAUACGGCUGCGUCGACUACAAAGGCCGGCCUGCCCGGCGAUCCAGCUCCGGUGGUUGGAGGUCAGCAUCUUUCAUCAUAGGCGUUGAAGUUGCUGAGAAGUUUGCUUACUGUGGAAUCAGCUCCAAUCUUAUAACUUACUUGACGGGGCCGCUGGGUCAGUCCACCGCCACAGCCGCCGAGAACGUUAACGCCUGGUCGGGUGUGGCGUCGCUACUUCCACUUCUGGGGGCGUUUAUAGCCGACUCUUUUCUUGGCCGAUACCGUACCAUUGUUGUUGCUUCUCUGCUCUACAUCAUGGGACUUGCCUUGCUUACUUUGUCAGCAAUGGUUCCUUUGGAUGCUACUUCUAGCUGCCUGGAGAGAAAUAAUGUCACAUCAUGUUCCUCACGUUUGUUCCAAGUAAUCUUAUUCUUCUUCUCACUAUAUCUAGCAGCAAUAGGGCAAGGUGGGCAUAAGCCAUGUGUUCAAGCAUUUGGUGCAGAUCAGUUUGAUGGAGAAGACCCAGAGGAAGGCAAGGCCAAAAGUUCAUUCUUUAAUUGGUGGUAUUUUGGUAUGAAUUGUGGCAUCUUAGCAACCAAUUGGUUCUUAAAUUACAUCCAAGACAACCUUGGUUGGGGUCUUGGAUUUGGAAUCCCCUGUAUUGCAAUGGUAGUUGCGUUGAUUGUUUUCUUGGCUGGGACGAAGACUUACCGGUAUAGUGACAAAGGAAGUGAGAAGAGCCCGUUUGUGAGAAUUGGUCGGGUAUUCAUUAUGGCAGCUAGGAAUUGGCAAAUGACAUCUUCAGCAAUAGCUGCUGAAGAAAAGGGUAGUGGAACUCCUCCUCAUGAAGGUUCCAAGCAAUUCGGAUUCCUAAACAAAGCCUUGCUUGCACCUGAUGGUUCCAAGGAAUAUGUGAAAGUUUGUAGCACUGAGGAGGUUGAAGAAGCAAAAGCUGUGCUAAGGCUUGCUCCAAUAUGGGCUACGUGCCUGAUAUAUGCUCUUGUCUUUGCACAAUCGUCAACUUUCUUCACCAAGCAAGGAGCUACCAUGGACAGAUCAGUCACAAUUGGGUUUGACGUAUCAGCUGCUUCACUUCAAUCCUUCACCUGCUUAACCGUGGUUCUCUUCAUUCCCUUUUAUGACAGGAUUUUUGUCCCUUUAGCAAGAACCUUGUCUGGGAAACCUGCCGGAAUUACAUUACUUCAGAGAAUUGGAACUGGAAUGUUUUUUUCUAUUGUAUCAAUGGUGGUUGCUGCUUUUGUUGAGAGGCAGAGGCUUAAAAUUGCACAAGAAUAUGGGCUGGUUGAUUCACCAAAUGUUACUGUUCCAAUGAGUGUGUGGUGGUUGGUUCCUUGUUAUGUCUUGUUUGGUAUGGCCGAUGCAUUCACCAUGGUUGGUCUCCAAGAGUUCUUCUAUGAUCAGGUCCCAAGUGAAUUGAGGAGUGUGGGACUCUCGCUCUAUCUUAGUAUUUUUGGUGUUGGAAGCUUUCUGAGUAGUUUUCUUGUCUCUGCCAUAGACAAGGCAACUGGUAGGGAUGGUCACCAUAGCUGGUUUGCUAGUAAUUUGAAUUGGGCACACCUUGAUUAUUUCUAUUGGCUGCUUGCUGGACUUAGUAUCAUAGACUUGGCUGCUUACAUAUAUUUUUCAAAAUCUUACAUUUAUAAUAGGAGAAGUACAUUGUAAAUGCUAUCUUUUGGUUUUUCUCAUUACUUUUUACCAGUAAGCCAUUCUCUGAGGGUGAGGGAAUACAAGCAAGCACACUUUAGAAUAGGUUUCACCCUCACAUCCAUUGUUGUAAAUUGAUAAACAUAUUGAAUUUCAUGCAUUGCUGUAGACAAUGUUCUGAGAACUGUCCGUAAAUGUUAAUCAAGUAGAUAAUAUUUC